AUGUCCGCAUCGGCCUCGUCCUCGCGCGGGGGCGGGGCGAACGGGGCGCACUACGAUCAUCUGUUAAAGCUCCUGUUGAUCGGUGACAGCGGCGUCGGGAAGAGUUGUUUGCUCCUGAGGUUUAGCGACGAUCAGUUCACGACGAGCUUCAUCACGACCAUCGGGAUCGAUUUCAAGAUUAAGACGGUUGAGCUCGGAGGAAAGCGGGUGAAGCUGCAGAUCUGGGACACCGCGGGGCAGGAACGGUUUCGAACGAUUACGACGGCGUAUUACAGGGGAGCCAUGGGGAUUUUGUUGGUGUACGACGUCUCAGACGAGCGGAGCUUUGAGAACGUUCGAGGAUGGAUGCGAAAUAUUGAGCAACACGCGAGCUCGAAUGUGAACAAGAUUUUGAUCGGAAACAAGUGCGAUGUGAAGGAGGAUAAAAGAGUAAUCUCAAAGGCGCGCGGGCAGGCGUUGGCGGACGAGUUCGGGAUCCCAUUCUUUGAGACGAGCGCCAAGUCGAGCGUGAAUGUGAACGAUGCGUUCAUGACAAUCGCCGGGGAUAUCAAGAAUCGCUUGACCGGAUCGAAGGGCUUGGGCGCGCCCAACGCGAUAAACUUAGGCGAUAGAGCGGCGACAAAAAGGGCCAGCUGUUGCUAG